GUCAGCUGACGUGAUGUAGCGAUAAGGUAACAACUUUGUAAGAAGUCUGAACAGGUAAAAGUUUACCUGGCGGCGUCUUUUGUUCACCUGGCGACGGGUCAGGUAACCGCGGCAAGGGCACGAAAAUGCUUGGUCACACUGGCAUCUGAAAUUUGCGAGUCUUUAAUUGGCAAAUUUGAGCGCCAAGAAAGUUUAAACUCCUUAGACAAGAUGGCAAGGAAUUCGCGAAGAUUUUGGCCAGAUAAGAAGUGGUACUUCAGGUGAAUUGGCUUAUUAAGAAGCCGCCAAGUGGUGUUUUACAGGUGGAAAUGUGCAGCACAGUUGGUCGUGACGUCGGAGGAAAGUCGUGAGAACAACCGAUCUGUUUUGCUGAUGAGUCGAAGCCCGCAACAAAAAACAAUCAUGUGGGAGCAAGACAGUUCAUUGAACAGUGCCUCAUUGUCUUCAAAACCACAAGAUAUUGUGCAGCAGAAAAACGGCUUGUCAGAUAACACGCCGCAGGAAAACGCCUCGCCGAAAAGAACUACGUUCCCUCCUAUAACGAUCGUCCAGCGAAAGAAGGUUGUAACAAACAGUCCUCUGUUGUCGUCAUCUCCUAGACUGCGAGAUAUCGUGCCAGUGGAAAACAACUCGUCUACCAGAAAAAAGUCUGUACCGAUAGUGAUUGUGCAGAGAAAAGAGAUUCCGUCCAACAGUUCGGUGUCGUCCCCGAGACAAAAAGAGACUUCGCCACGUAAAGACAGCUUUUCGAAGAGUGCAGCUGCGUCGUCCCCGAGAGCGAUUGCACAGCGGAAAAACGUUGUAUCAAACAGUCCUUCGGCCUCCCCAAGACAGCGAGAGAUUGUCGAACGGAAAAACAGCCUGUCAAACAGUCCUUUCUCUACUCCAAGACAGAAAACCAUCGCCCAACAGAAAAACGCCUUGUCAGACUCUCCGUUAGCAUCUCCAAGACAGUCGAACAGAACAGCAUCCUCCCCGAGAGCAAUUGUCCAACAGAAGGAAGUUUUGUCAAAUAGCCCUGCUUCCUCUCCGAGACAGAAAGCAAUUGUGCAGCAGAAAAACUUGUCAGAUAGUCCUUUGGCGUCUCCAAGACAGUCAAACAAAACUGCGUCAUCCCCAAGAGCAAUUGUCCAACGGAAGGAACUUUUGUCAAAUAGCCCCGCAUCUCCUCCAAGGCAGCAAGAGAUCGUGCAGCAGAAAAACGCCUCGUCUUACAGAACUGGGUCUUCCCCAAGAGCUGUUGUCCAGCAAAAGGUUUUGACUGACAGCCCUGCUUCGUCUCCGAGACAACGAGAGAUUGCGCAACGGAAGAACGUCUUGUCAGACAGUCCUGCGUCUUCCCCGAGACAAGGAGGUUACUUCCCGGAGCUGAGGGAAGGGUAUAAGGAGGCUGCUGGGAUCAUAAAGAAUCUUGAAGACAUGGCAGACUCUCAGGAGCUGUCGAGGAAAGACUCGGGUUUCUCGAGCGUGUCGUCAGCUGAACUGCUCCGUGAUGAGGAGGAGGCAGCUCUGAAGGCCAAGGAGCUGGAGAAGACUGAGGAGAACCUCAAGGAGCUCGGAAAACUGGCCAAACUCUUCGACAAGCAGGGGCUGGAAUUUACAGAUGCACAACCAAAGAAAGUGGAGGCUCCGUCUGAAGAGGAGGUGCCGUUGUUGGUCCAGCUGAAGAUGCAGAGAGAGAAGGAGAAGGUGAUGAGGAUGGAGGAUGGAGCCAUGCCCAUCACCCUGGAAACUGCAUUGGCCCUGCGUAAGCUGCUGUUUGGAACAGGGAACUACACCUUCAACAUCGAGUGGAAACGAACCAGGUUCACUUUCAAGGAGGUCAAGUCGAACUUUCCCUACGGGCUCUUUAUGGAGAAGCACGGCUCCAGAGGCAUGACCAUGUGUGUCCAGGCCUACAUACUCAAACAUCUCCUCUACAGGGAUGGAUGCCUCCUGGAGGAGAAGGGAAACUCCAACAACUUGCUGGUGGAAAGGUUCAACAUGGGUUUUUUCGAGGACCAGCGUGCGGACGCUUUGCUGCACGCGCUCGCUGACAUCCUGUGGAAGGCAGGGGAGGGAAAAUACGCCGCGGUCACGAUAGUCGGCGAGAAAAUGUGCCUCACGCCUAACCCGGAGCUGAGGUUCGACGGCUACACGGAGAAGAUUCUUAUCUACGAGUUUACUGACUUUGAAGCCCUCCUGAAAUUUCUAAGGAGAAAUUUGGACCAGUUUCAGGGAGAUUUCUCUCCUGGAGGGAUUCUGAUGGUCUACAGUGCAAUGUUAUCCAGGACUUUCCCUAAACUUAUCCAGGACAUGGAUGAACACAAAACUCCGACCAUGCUGACUCCAGCAGAGGGCUGUACUACUGCCCUGGUCAACCUGUUCCUGACGGGCCGGGCAGUGUCUUAUCUGUUCAAUGGCAAGGUUGUGUACGACAAGAAGAGAAAGCCGUUGGCAUAUCCUCUCAUUGGACAGAAAGAGAGAGCGGAACUCGGCUUUCUGUUCUGGGACAAGACAGAGUUCGAGGUGCAGGACAAAACUGAGGUUGGGAGCAUGUUGAAGACCCCGAAGCUGCCAAUCUGGCUGACGUCUGUGAACGAUGUUUACGGGAUUCUGUUCUGCACCGUACCGGACCUGCUGUCUCACUGGCGUAAGGAGCAUCGCUUCAGCCUCUUCUACUUCACUGGACAGGCCAGUCAGAUACAGGGAACCAAGCUUACCAUAGACAACCGGAGUGGCAGGAAUGAUGCAGAAGGAGACGACGAGGAACAGAAGAUUCCAUCCCUGGAGCGCUGCAUCCUCACCAAAUGGCCAGAUGCAGUAGUGAACUGGAACGGAACAUCACCGUUUGUGUGAAAGAUUCACAGAGGAUCACAUGUUGCUGUUGCACACCUAGUACAUGCACAAGGGCUAGUAGACCAUCCCCAUGAACGUAGACCAAGGUGCUGUAGGUUUGGGGAGGUUGAAACUUCAAGCCACUAUCAAGUAAAUUUGAUAAAUGUCUGCAAAAUAUUUAAGAUUUUAGUUAGGUGGUGUAGCACCAUUGUGACUCAUUUCUUGUCCAUCUGUGAUGGCAAAUGACAAAAGAAUUAUACUGAACUUUAUCUAAGCAACACUUCAAGUAAAUUCUUGGCUGACUCCAUCUGCCUCAUUCAUGGAAUGUCUACUGCAGCUACCUGGAUGUGACGUUACAGUCACUUGACUGCAGGAAUGGUUCCUGAUUUUAUCAAACUCACAGCUUCUAGUUCCAGAGGCAGGGCCACUAGCCACUGGACUCCGCACACAUUGUAUAUAGUUGUCAUGUGAGGAGGUCUCAAGGCAGCUACUUUCCAAAGGCAAAAAAGCCACAAACUCCUUGGAUGUUAUAUAUAAUUUGAAUUCCUUAAAAAGACAUACAAAUACAAAUUAAAGCCACAGAAGUUGAGAAAGGAAUUUUUUUUUAUUUUUUUUAAAUGGAUUGGAUCAGCUUUAUAGUGUGGAAAUAAAUUAAGAAUGAUUUUUUGCAGCUAAUUUUUAUUGUGUAAAGUCCAAAAAAAGAUGCAGCUAAGUAAUAAAAGAUGACAUUUGUAAGUAAUAUGUAUAUUCAAGAAGAUUUAUCUCUGAAAUCAUGACAAAAAUUCAAAAUGCAACUCAGGCUAAAAUUCGCUUUUAAUCAAAUAAUGAUUUAAUUUAUAAUUGUUGCAUGCAUUGAUCAGACGCAGUGAAACGUCUAGUUAGUAUAAAUAGAAUAUAGAUAGCAAAGGGUGAAUUUUUCCUAAGAAACAGUAGUUUUGAUACUAUUUUGAUAGAAAUUUAUUGUACACUAUCUUUAAAAGAAAAGAAUUCUUAUGAAAUUGUAGAUCUAUUUUGUAUUUUUCGUUGUCUUUUCACUAUGUCAGUUACAUGUUGACGGUGAAGUUGAUGAAUUAAACUAUUUGAA